GCGCACUGAGCAGGCGUCCUGUCCUCUCUGAGGAGCACCAGGCGGAGAUCUCCUCGCAUCCCGAGAGCUCGUUGUGACAGAAAACAUUUGCGCGUCGUUACCAACAUGGUGACGCGAUAAUAUAACACACACACGCACACAAUUUUUUUGCUGAAGUCCGAGAAUGGCAGAUAAAAAGGGAAAACCAGUCACUCCGAUCAAAUCACUCACUAAAAAAGAAAAGGAAAAGCUGAAGAAAAAGGAGGAAGAGAAAGCAGCAGAGGUUUUUGAAGAAUUUGUGGCAUCGUUUGAGUCCAGUGAGAAAAGCAGAGUGAAGACUUUUGUCCACGGGGGAAUAGUGAAUGCUACAAAAGAGGAGGAAGCCGCAGAGGUCAAGAGAAGUAAGUUGUACCGACCUGCGACAAAGUUUGCUCCUGUGCCUCAGUAUGCCUCACCCCCCCCACCUGCUGCUGACAGUAGAAAGUCUGCAUUUAAAAAAAAGACAGAAGAAAAAAAGAAGAGUAACCUCGAACUGUUCAAAGAGGAGCUAAAGCUAAUACAAGAGGAGCGAGAGGAAAGGCAUAAAAGGAAGAGAAAUGACACUGAAGGGGGGAGAGAAGGCGGGGGCCUGGGGGGCCUGGGAGACCUGGACAUACCAUUAUCGGGACGAUCAAUGCUGUAUGACGACCUGCCGGUCACCACAAACCUUUACAUUAACUGCAUCAGCCCAAAGAUGAACGAGGAGAUGCUCUGCAGAGAAUUCUGUAAAUAUGGCCCCCUGGCCAGUGUGAAGAUCAUGUGGCCCCGCACGGACGAGGAGCGCUGCAGGACCUCUAACAGAGCCUUUGUGGCUUUCAUGACACGGAAAGACGCAGAAAGAGCCAUGGCUGCUCUGGAUGGUAAAGUCAUUAUGGGCUUUGAGAUGAAGCUGGGAUGGGGGAAACCGGCCCGCAUCCCACCUCAGCCUCUGUACACGCCGGUCGGGGUGAGAGCCGCACCGCCACCCCCGUCUGGUCUUCCUUUCAACGCUCAGCCACGGGACCGCUUCCGGAAUGACUUCACCAAGCCGCUGGGCAUGUCCAAGGGCGAGCUCGACAAGACUCUGUCCGAAGCCGUAGUCAAAGUGGUUAUCCCAACCGAAAGGAAUCUAUUAUUCCUCAUUCACAGAAUGAUAGAGUUUGUGGUGCGUGAAGGUCCCAUGUUUGAAGCCAUUAUAAUGAACAAAGAGAAAAGCAACCCCGAUUACAGGUUCCUUUUCGAUAACAAAAGCCAAGAUCACGUGUACUAUCGCUGGAAAUUGUUCUCAAUCCUCCAGGGAGAGCCCCCCACAGAGUGGAGGACGACCGACUUUCGCAUGUUCCGUGGAGGCUCAUUAUGGCGACCACCCGUCCUGAACAACUACUCUGAGCUGGGUGAAGACGACGGGGAGGCAGAGGACGAGGCGUCCCCCGAGGAGGAGGUGAAGAAAGGGCAGCUCAGAGCCGAGCACAGAGAGAGACUGGAGACGCUUCUAAAAGAGCUGACUCCGAGCAGAGAAGGAAUUGCCAAUGCCAUGCUGUUCUGUCUAGACCGUGCAGAUGCAGCAGAGGAGGUCGUGGGCCACAUUACAGACUCUUUUUCAAUGCUUCCAGCGCCCCUUCAGACCAAGAUUUCUCGGUUGUAUCUUGUGUCGGAUAUCCUCCACAACUCCUCUGCCAAAGUAGCCGGUGCAUCCUAUUAUCGUAAAUAUUUUGAAACAAAAUUACCACAGAUAUUCGGAGACCUGAAGACGGCACACAAAAACAUACAAGCCAGGCUGCAGGCUGAGCAAUUUAGGCAAAAGGUCAUGACUUGUUUUAGAGCAUGGGAAGACUGGGCCAUAUAUCCACAGCCUUAUCUAAUCCACCUGCAAAACAUCUUUCUGGGCUUUGCCAAAGCAGGAGAGGAGGCAACAGAGACUGCCCAGGAGGCAUCCAGUGGAGGUGGGCUCCGUUUGGACCGAGCUCGUGUGGAUGACAUAGACGGCUGCCCUCUGGGCUGGGACCCCCUGGAUGGAGUCCCCGUUGACGAUAUAGACGGCGUCCCCCUCGGUGCCGCUAUCGAUGACAUCGAUGGAUUGCCCUUAGAUGAGAGCAAUGUUUCCCUGUCUGGAGUGCCUUUGUCUAAGUGGGAGAAGUCCAGGGGUACUGGGAGAUUUUCUCAAGCCAAAUCUGUGUCCAAGUGGGACGCUGUCGGACAACAGGACAGUGACAAUGAAGUUAAUAUUAGCAAGAGCUGCAACUCGCAGGAUGAAGAUGAAGGCUCAGAGAGCGAUAGUAGCGCCGACUCCUGCAGCUCGCCAAACUAUGACAGUGCAGUUUUCCAGAGCUCGCUCAGGAGUUUUCAAAUGUCCGAGAGCAAAAGGAAAAGGCUGAGGGAGGUGGAGGUCAAAGUUAUGAAGAUCCAAGAUGAGCUGGAAUCCGGCAAAAGACAGAGGAAGUCAGGAACGACUAUCCAGCAAGAAGUGGAGCUCUACAGAAACAAACUGCUACAGAAGGAGUUUCAAAAAGAUGAAGAAAAGAAUGAGAAAUCUAAGUCAAAAGACAAGCAAAAAGAUGACAAGAGAAAUAAAGAAAAGAGCAAACGAAGCGACAGCGACAGACGGCGAGCCGCUGAGCAGUCCCGGAAAUCCAGGAGCAUCUCUCCUUUAAAGAGGACGAGGUCCCCCAAACUGUCCAAACGCUCCCGGUCACCGUCUCCCAACCAGAAGUCCCGCAAGUCAAGGUCAAGGUCGCCACAUCGCUCCCACAAGAAGUCAAAGAAGAGCAAACACUGACCGCUUUGGACUCGGUCACUUAUGAUUGUGCUGCAUUCGCCUGCUGGUGUCCAGAUACUCGACUCACUUCAAACAGACAAACCCGUCUGCCCUGUUGGUCCCAACGUGAACUGUCCAUGCAAAAUUCAGCUCCCUUUUUUUAUUAUGAAGUUUGAACACUGUAACUAAUUAUAUAUAUUUUUGUUUUCAUGUUUGUUUUUAAAAGGAUAUCCAGAGAUGUUGCUGCAAAGUGCUGACACUAAAUAAAUCACCUUUGGAGAGCAAUGUUUGUGGGCAAGA